UAGGUUCAAUUGCAAAAUGUCACGUAUUGUUUUGUUGUUAUUGUGUUUGGCUGCCCUCAGUCUGAUCUGUUCUGCGAGGAAAAACAAGAGAAGAGGUAAAAGUGGUUCCAAAAAGGGAAACAAGAAGAACAAGGCAUCUUAUCGAGAUGAGGGAAACGAUUAUAGGUCCGGCGGAGGAGUAACCAAGAGUAAUGGCGACGAUGGCACAAUGCAUAAGAAAAGCCCCUUUUUAGAUGGAACCAAUCUCCCACCAGAUGAUUCCCAGUCUGGCAGACUCAAUGACUUCAUCACCACAAAGGACCCGUUUUCCUCAGACUUCAUGAAGAAACGACUAGACGGUUCAGGAGCACGAGGUUUAGUUAGCGCAGCUAAUACGCAUGUUUACAAGACUACCCGACUGUCACUGAACUUAGGGGUAGACGUGAAGGAGGUGGAGGGAGCGAUGAGGAGUUUUAGGGUGAGGGGUGUAGUUGAUAUUCAUUAUGUUAAAGUGGAGAAGGAGGCGGCGGAGAGUUUUAUUCUAGACUCCUGGGGUUUGGAAAUAAAGCACGCUAAAGUUUCAUACGACGGAGGAGCAACAUUCUCAAAAGUCGACUUCUUGGAUGGCAACAAAGUGGAGGGAUCAGCUAGACUAGAUGUCCUGGUAGACUCCACCCAAGGAGAGGGUAUCCUUACUAUCGAGUACACUACCCCUAACACUGACUCUCUCAAAUACUCUAACCUCCAGUUCACUGCCCGUUCUGACCUACAGAAUUACCCUAUUCUGGCGAUAUUCAACCAGCCAAACAUGGCCAGAACAUGGGUUCCCUGCCAGGAUACACUUCUUGUCAAGACCCCAGUCGAGAUGAGGAUUAAUGUUCCUGCACCCUUCACUGCACUCACCACGGGAAUCUUUAUAUCCGAGAUUUAUCACGAAAACAAGAACAGAACCGUGUUUAAAUACUAUCAACCGACUCCAGUAGCAGCUCAACAGUUAACACUGACUAUGGGCUACUUUGAGAAGUGGAAGAUAAGCGAGAGGAUCAGUGUAUGGAUGGAGAUGGGGAGAGGGAUACGAGAUGGGUUACUCAUGGAGACAGACGCAAUAUUGAAUAUCUGUGAAGGUAUGGUGGGACCGUAUGUUUGGGAAACCCUGAAUAUAGUGAUAAUCCCAGAUAAAAUGGGGUAUAAGGGAGAAAUGAUAGGUCCUAACACAAUCUACCUGCCCGUCUCCAUGUUCCAAACCUCUUCCUCCCCCAUCCAGGAUGACUCCCUCAGAGUCCAGGAGAUCACAAGGCAGAUGUUCAACAGCUGGUUUGGUAACCUAGUCACUGCUCCCGUUCUCAGAACCUCCUGGAACGAGGAGGGCACACUUGCAAGUGUGGAGGUGGGAGAGCAGUUCAUGCUAGCUGGAAUAGCAGAGUAUCUAUCUUACCACGCUACUGCUCAUUUCCUUAAUCACGAUAAGAACUUAGCAGACUUCUUCUUCUACCGCGCCCAGGAAUACACUGAAGACCUCCAGAAUCCAGACCGUUACCCUGUGUUCUCGGAGUUGGUCCCAGGAGCAGCUAGGUUCAGUGUGCUGAUGAGACACCACGAGGACGCUAUGGGAGGUAAGGGUCUGAUGAACAAGUUCCUGAGAAUGGUAGUGUUGACUAGUGUAGUGGAGGAGUCAAGUAAGGAGUUCUGGGAGGUACUCCGCACCAUGUUACCAGAAUUAGAGGAGGAGGGGGACAACAAGUGGAACGGUGGGUAUUGGAGGGAGUGCCAGGUGGUAAUAAAGGCUUGGAAUCCGAAGAAGGGUGAACCUAAAGUGAAGUCUGCUCAGCUGACUGGUCUGAAUGAUGCACAGGUAGCUUACAUUCUGGAGAACAUGUGGCGUGAGUGGUUACCUAAAUCAGCAGUAAAGAAGAUCACGGCUGUUUUAGAGGAGAUGGAAAUCUACAAGGACAAUAACAUGUUUUACAGAUGGGCGCUCUCCGCUAUAGCGAUGGGGGAUUCUAAAAUCAAGGAGGACGCUUUUGAGUAUAUCCGGAAUAACGGACAGAGUCCAGGGUCUACAGCUCUGAUUAAACUGCUGAGUAAGACAGCGUCGGAGGGGGAGAAGAAGGAGCUGAAGAAUGUGAAGAGGAAUGCAAAGGAGUCGAGUUAUGUACCCUGGGAUUAGAGAUAUGAAGUGACCAUGAUUGAUCAGAGUAUAUUUCGUAUAACGUGCGGUUUAUAACUUUAUUGAGCAUCAAAGCUGGUGACUUUGUAGAAUGG